UAUUUCAUGGGCGGCAUAAAUGUUUAUAAAAUCACGGACGAGGGAUGUCCGCCAUUUUCACCUGCGCAAGCACAGCAUGGAUUUUCUGACACCAGCAUGGUUUCGUUAAUAUAUUCCUGCCUAUUUAGGCGCAAUCUUUCUUAUUAUGCAGUUUGAAGAACUUCUUUGUGCUAUCUGUCACAUAGCUGUAUGCUUCGCUUGCACUUAUAUUAACAGCAAAGAAACUAUUGGAUUGUCAUACGAUCGAUCUCUAUUGUUAAUAUGGAGAAUUGGGUUAUGUUGAUUUGGAUUAAAUGAACGGGUCCGGCCAAAUUGUGAACCAAAAGAGGUUUUACAGGAACAAGGGUGGUGACAAGAACAGGAAAAGGAACAAAGAAUGGUGACAAGGAAGUUAGGAGUUAAGAGGAAGUUGGUCACAGCAAUGCACUACAACAUAUAGGAGUUGGGGUGUAGCCAUGAGGGGAAAAGCUGGGAAAAGCUUAAAGCCAUUCCUUAAGUUGUUUGGGCUCUGAGGUGGUACUUUGUUUUCCCUAGAAAUUCUGACAAAAGGUCUGUCAGAAGAAAUGAACUGCCAUAUAGGAGUUGAGUUUCUUCUUUCUUUGGUGACCAAGUACUAGCAAAGAUUUGGUAAGAGAAAAUAGAGAGUUAAACAAGGCUGUAGCCCAAUAGCAGCUAUUCUGUUCAGCAUAUAUAUUGGAGGAAUAUGAAGAUGUGCAACGAGGGAUCGACAUGGACUUUGGAGGACAACAAGCUUUUUGAGAAUGCAUUGUCUAUGGUUGAGGAGGAAACCCAUGAGAGAUGGGACAAGGUGGCAGCCAUGGUGCCUGGUAAGAGUGUAGAUGAGGUGAGAAAGCAUUAUGAAGACCUGGUGGAGGAUAUUCAGUGCAUUGAUGCAGGUUACAUAGAGGUUCCUUGUUAUAAGGACAAAUUUGGUGAUCAAUUGCUAUCUUCAAAGCACCUAGGCAAAGUUGGUGGAGAUCUCCAGGCAGGUGAAGAGAGAGGAUUGGUUAUCAAGUCCUUUUCUGAGCAAGAAAGGAAGAAGGGAGUUCCCUGGACUGAAGAAGAGCACAGGCUGUUUCUGAUGGGGCUAAAUAAAUAUGGGAAAGGUGAUUGGAGAAGCAUUUCAAGAAACUUUGUUGUCUCAAGGACUCCAACUCAAGUUGCUAGCCAUGCACAGAAAUACUUCAUCCGGCGAAAUUCAGGGCACAAAGAUAAGAGAAGGUCUAGCAUACAUGAUAUUACCAGCGUCAAUAGUACAGAAAUGAGUCUGUCUCUAGUAAGACAACCUUCAGCUAUGCCUGUGCAAAACAAUACCUCCUCAAUAACCAAAUCAGUUAAUCAGUCUUCGUUUCUUAAUUCUCACCCUUGCCCAAUGGCAGGAACGCCUUUGGUAAACUCUAUCGGAUUCUCAACAGGCAGCAACACUUUAGUACUACCUUCCUAUGGAUUAGACCCAUACAGUCUUGGAGGGCUUCAAACCCUCUCAUCUAUACCUCUCAUGUCUGGAUCUUCUCUGAGUCUUUCACAUCUAGGCUACCCUAUGUAGUAUGUAUCCUAUAUUGGGAAAGAUUCUCAAGCACCAUGUAGAUAUGUAAGGCUGGUUUGCUUCUCUUUUCCUCUCUAUCUCAGUCUGAUUGAAGCUUUGAAUAUGUGAGAGGAUUGUCAUAGUUUCAUCUAUAUUUUUGGUUGGAUCUAGAUAUUAUAAACUACAAUCCAGAUGUUGUACACUGGUCCACACACUGUAAAGAUCAUUUGGGCAGGAUAGGAAUAUGAUUUAAAGAUUGAAGGCCCAAAACAGAAUAGAGUAGUAAAGACAGGUAUUAUGUAUAAGAUGCUUCUGUCAAUUAAAGGGAAUGUUGAUAUUGAAAGCUGC